UUCUCUACUAACUGAAGAUAUAUGCUUCAGAAUACGAGUUAAUUGCACGUUGGUACCACACUUCCGCACCUACUCACAAAUCAGUAUCAUUAGUCACUUUUUUUGUCCAUGCAGUGCCAACUCUAAGCCUAAGUGUUGCAAAACAGACUAAGCCACGUAUAAACACGUAUUGACGAUGUAUCUGACCAGCGGGGCCCGCAUGUCAACAGCCAACUUGGCAUAUUUUUUUUCAGAAAACCCCUUUGUUAUAAAUUUAAUCGCUCGCACGACGCCCGCAUGCACGCCGCAGCCCAACCGCUGCCCCCCACCCCCCUCCCUCGAGCUCGCCGCCGCCUCCGGCCGCCCCGCCCCGCCCCGCCUCGGCGAGAUGGAGACGGCCCGGGCCCCCGCCGCCCCCGCGACGUCCAGGCCGCGCACCGUGGAGGCCAUCUUCAGGGACUUCUCCGCGCGCCGCUCCGGCCUCGUCCGCGCGCUCACCUCCGCGCCGCGCUGACGGGCCACCCGCGCGCGCCGCAGAUCUAACACCGCGCUUCUCUCCUGCGCCUCGUGCCGCCGUGCAGAUGUCGACGACUUCUUCGACAGCUGCGACACAGGUGAGUUGCCCCCCAGAUUGGAUUGGGCGGCUGCUCCGCUGCCGGGCGGUGGGAUCCAGACGGGGAUUGACUGGAUCGGCCUCGGUUUUGUCUCUCUCGCCGGCCUCCCCUCGACGGAGCCUCGUCGCUGGCUCGCCGGAGCCCCGUCGCCUCGACCUCGCCGGCCUCCCCUCGACGGAGCCCCGUCGCUGGCUCGCCGGAGCUCCGGGCCCCUCUCCCUGCUCCCACCCUGCUCCGCCCCGCACGACAGAGAAUGGGCGCUCCCUUCACCGCGCCCUCCC